CUCACUAUCCACGACAACGCCCACAUCCCUUCCUCCCAUGCAGGCCGUCGCGCGCCCACCUGGCCAGCAGGCCCCCGUCAAGAUAUACAACGCCGUCUACUCCUCUGUUCAGGUUUAUGAAUGUAUGGUCCGUGGUAUCGCCGUCAUGCGCAGACGUACCGACUCCUACGUCAACGCCACCCAAAUACUCAAGGUCGCUGGUGUCGACAAGGGCCGCCGCACCAAGAUCCUCGAGAAGGAGAUCCUUCCUGGCAAGCACGAGAUCGUGCAAGGAGGCUACGGCAAGUACCAAGGCACAUGGAUUCCGCUCGAGCGAGGCCGUGACAUCGCCGUCCAGUAUGGCGUCGCGCCGCUUCUGGCGCCAUUGUUCGAUUUUGUCCCGAACGCCAACCCCCUCGGGAGCCUCGCUGCUGGCUUAGGGAACAUAGCUGGAUCAGGUCUCGCGCCGCCCCCCAUUAUGCCUGGCUCUGCCCUGCGCCUCCUCAACCAGGGUCGUGCCCAGGGCCUCUUUACGCCUUCAACUUCUGGCGCAUAUGUACAAUAUCCUGGUGCGCCCGCAGUCUCCCCAACACCACCUCCCCCUUCACUCAAGCGCACGCGUUCCGACGUCGAACCAGACGCGUCUGCCCCUUCUCCUGGCCCGUCCGCACAAUCAGCACCUCCCGCGCUCGCCGCAUCACCUGAGAUCCAGAUGGCGGACCGCUCGCGCCCAUCAUCAACAACGUCGCAGCUGGACGGAAACCCCUCUCCUACCAAGCGCGCACGGAUAGAGCCGUCGCCGAUACAGUCUGAUAUGAUGCAACAUGGACCACAAGCAGGUCCUUCCGGUGCAGAGCCCAGCUCGAGACCGUCGCCACCUACAGGCAUGAACGGCUUCUCGCGUCCAUCCAGCUCACAAUCUGUGAAGAUGAACGGUAGACCAGUUGAACCUCAGGUCGAGGAGGAUGUCCUCACCAUCCGCUUUGCCACCAAGCCCUACAUCCCUCGUACCUCCGAUGCCUCUGCGCCGCUCAGAGACACGCGGCGUGCGGCUAUCGUAAACGCGAUCUGCAAGUCGGACGACCCACUCCCAAUCAUCGAGCAGAUCCGCGACAUCGCGCCAGACAACCCCGCGCUGAACUUCGAUAUCGACCUCGUGCUUGAUGACCAAGGCCACACCGCGCUGCAUAUCGCAGCGAGCAUGGCGCGCCACGCCAUCGUGAAUGCGCUCCUCAUGAACGGCGCGGACAUGCAUCGCGGGAACUACAACGGUGAGACGGCGCUCGUGCGCGCGUGCCUCGCUACACACAACGCGGACCAGCAGACGUUCCAAGUGCUCGUUGCUGCGCUGCACGCGUCCAUUCGCACGCUCGACUCGUCACGCAAGUCUGUACUGCACCAUAUCGUUGCAUCGGCUGGCGUGAAAGGGCGCGCACUUGCUGCACGAUAUUAUCUUGAUCAAAUAUUCUACUGGAUUGCCCAGCACCAAGGGGGCGACUUUAGGUCCAUUGUGGACCUGCAGGACGAACACGGCGAUACCGCGCUGAAUAUCGCUGCGAGGGUGGGCAACAGGAGUUUGGUGAGGACAUUAUUGGAUGUCGGCGCGAAUCGUAUAUUACCAAACAAGCUGGGACUAAGACCAGGCGAUUUCGGUGUCGAAACAGAAGAGCUUGGGGUUGGUCUGCGUGCGGACGACAUAUUGAACUCAUUACGAUCAGCUCCUUCAGCACCCGUCCAGAAGAGUCAAGACGUGCUUGCCGAUAUGACCACCAUGAUCACAAAUCUUGGCAACGAUUUUGCGUCUGAGAUCAAGACUAAGCAGGACGCGCUGGACGUCACGCAGGCGCACUUGCGUGCAGCGACGCGCGAACUCUCUGAGCAGCGGAAACAGAUCCAAUCCUGGACCGUGCGUGUCGGCGAGACGGACCAGGUGAAUCAACGCAUCCGAAACCUCGAGAAGGCACUCGAGGAGGAGGACAAGUUCGACUGGACCGGAAGGACAGAGCUUGAUGGAUCGGACGCGGGCAACGUGGUGGGCAACGCAUUCCGCAUGCGCGGGCAGGCGUCGACGAUAUCCGGGCUCGCGGGCCAGGUUGACCUCGGGUUCAGUCUUGACGCAGACCCGAUCAUACCGAUGUCGGACACGGUCUCGAGCAUCAUCAGGCUGCGGAGGCUCAAGAUGUGGCAUGAGCGGACGGAGCGGCUGAUGGAGGAGCGGCUGCGGUCGUUGCAAGGCGCGAGCGCUGAGAAGGAGUACCAGUGCAAGAAGAUCGUCGCUCUGUGUACGGGCGUGCCUGUCGACAAAGUCGAGGAUAUGUUGGACAAUCUGCUAGUGGCCGUCGAGAGCGAAUCGACAGUGAUCGACAUCGGGCGUGUGUCAGGAUUUAUGCAAAAGGUGAAGAACACUGCAUAGUAAUGGACGUCAUCCCUUAUGCCGGACUCGUUGUUCCUGCUCUCAGUUUCAUUGGGUUUUCUCCUCGUCGCAAUGUACAUUUAUUGCAUACAUCUAUUAUUUUGUCCGUCGUAUAUCUUGAUUAGUCGACUCUUGUACACUCAAAAGAACAUAAGGGUUCCCGACGAGCUAGCCGCAUCAGAAUACGACAAUAAUCUUAGUGACGAGCGGGCGUAUAGAUGGGUCCAAAUAAACGCCACACAUCCCGCCGAACCUC